CAUGCCCCAGGUACUUCGUCACCAUGAAGCUUCUCUUGGUCUGUGUGCUCCUUGGAGCUGUCGCUGCAUUUGAGGAUGAUGAUGAUAAGAUUGUAGGAGGUUAUACCUGCACCAAGAACUCCGUUCCAUAUAUUGCUUCCCUUAACAUUGGCUACCAUUUCUGCGGAGGUUCCCUGAUUAACAGCCUGUGGGUGGUGUCUGCUGCUCAUUGCUAUCAGUCGAGUGUUCAGGUCAGACUGGGAGAGCACAACAUCGCUACAAGUGAGGGCACUGAGCAGUUCAUCAGCUCUUCCAGGGUCAUCAGACAUGGAAGCUACAACUCUAGAACCCUCGACAAUGACAUCAUGCUGAUCAAGCUGGCUUCUGCUGCCACUAUUAACUCUUAUGUGAAGACUGUGGCUCUACCCUCUGGCUGUGCGGCCGCUGGUACCAGCUGUCUGAUCUCUGGCUGGGGAAACACACUUAGCAGUGGCACCAAUUACCCAAAUCUCCUGCAGUGCCUGAGUGCCCCUAUCCUGACCUCUUCCCAGUGCAGCAAUGCUUAUCCUGGGCAGAUCACCAGUAACAUGAUCUGCGUUGGUUUCCUUGAAGGUGGCAAAGAUUCCUGCCAGGGUGACUCUGGUGGCCCCGUGGUCUGCAACAAUCAGCUUCAGGGUGUGGUCUCCUGGGGUACUGGAUGUGCUCUGAGGAAUUACCCUGGAGUCUACACCAAGGUCUGCAACUACAAUUCCUGGAUCCAGAAUACCAUUGCUUCAAACUAAAUCUUUUUAAAUAAAGACUCUAUGCAAGACUUUAA